GUGGAACAAAAUCAUAAAAAUAUAAUAACAUAAUGUAUUUUUCUGACUUUCAAAAAACAAAUGGUGUUAUUAGGGUUUCUGUAUUUGUCCUUUUGUACAUGUUGAAAUAAAUUAUUUAUUUGUAGUCAUAAUUCUCAUCUCGUAAAAUCUCUUUCGCUUGCACUUUUAUCGAUUUUCUUUCGGAUACACAAGAUGGCGGACGAAAACAGUCAGCUUAUAUCCGAAUUUAUUUCAGUAACAGGGGUUGAUGAGAAUAGGGCAAAGUUUUACCUUCAAUCUGCAAACUGGGAGUUGCACACAGCGCUAGCAACAUUUUAUGAUGACGAUUCUGAUGAUGUAGUGGCAGUAGACCCACAAUCACAUACUGGCAGUUCAAAUAUUAAAGACGAAACUUCUCCCACGCCGCCAUUAUCAUCUUCUCGUGCAAGCAAAAGUCAACCCAGUCGCUUUGCAACGAUAUCUCAAUUUCAAAGAGAAAACGAUUCUAGUGGUGAUGAAGGACAAGCUUUUUAUGCAGGUGGAUCUGAAAGAAGUGGACAGCAAAUUAUUGGUCCUGACAAAAAAAAGAAUCCAACACAAGCUUUGUUUGAUGCUGCUAAACAACAUGGUGCACAAGUUGUUGAGGAUCAUGCUCCUAGCAGUAGUGAGAAAACAAAACAUAUUUUUCAAGGUGCAGGUUAUACAUUAGGAUCUGAUGUUGAACCCUCACAUCAAGUAAGUGCAGCACUUAACCCUGCUGAUAUACAAGCAGAGCCAAAGAAUGUAAAGAUAAAAUUUUGGAAAAAUGGUUUUUCUGUUGACAAUGGACCACUUAAAGACUUUAAUGAUCCUGGUAAUAAAGAAUUUCUUGAUGAUAUUGCUAGGGGUGAAAUUCCGAGGGAAUUAAGAGCAGAAGUGCAUGGUGGGGAAGUUCACGUUGAUAUGGAGGACCAUCGCGAAGAGGAUUAUGUUCUACCAAAAGAAAAAUUAAAAGCUUUUUCUGGAGCUGGACAUACCUUGGGUAGUCCUGCUCCCAGAAUUUUGGAGAAUGUGCCUGCUGCAGCCGCUAGAAUUCCAAGUCAACCAACUUUUAAAGUUGACGAAACGAAACCAGUUACCACGAUACAAAUAAGACUUGCUGAUGGAACCAGACUUAUUUCAAAAUUUAACCACCACAACACUGUUGGUGAUAUUAAAAAUUUGGUAAAAAAUGCAAGACCUGGAACAGGAAAUUUUAAUUUAAUGACAACGUUUCCUAAUAAAGUCUUAACAGAUGAUUCAAUCACUAUAAAUGAUGCAAAACUUUUAAAUGCAGUUGUUGUUCAAAGGAUGGUGUAGAUGAGUUUUCAUUGUCACAGUACAUUUUGUGAGAAUAUAUAUACAUCUUGUCUUGUGUAAGUACAUGUAAGAUAAAUUAUUGUUUCAUGAAUAAAUAUAUGUUGUUUCAAA